AUGACCUUCGGAUUAGAGGGAUCUGAUGCGGCUGCUACGACCGUUCGUGUGCGUGGUAGUGAGAACAUCAAAGCCUAUUUGGAUGAGUUCUAUGCUCACGGUCAUGUAGAACUUGAUACCGCCAGGCUUUAUUGUGGAGGUGACACUGAGAUUGCUUUGGGUCAAUUGCCGACAGAACCUUUCAAAAUUACGACCAAAGUCUGGCCCUCUGUCCCCAAAGCGCAUGCUUUAGAGCAUCUGAGGAGGACGCUUCAAGAGUCACUGAUGGCGUUGAAGCUCAAGAAAAUUGACAUUUUUUAUUUGCACGCGCCUGACUAUACGACUUCAUUUGAGGAAACUGUCAAAGCUGUGGAUGAGCUCUACCGUGAAGGGCUUUUUGAACGGUUUGGAUUGUCCAACUUUGCAGCGUGGCAAGUGACAUUGAUCCAUCAGCUUUGUAAGCAGCAUGGAUAUGUUCUCCCAGUCGUUUAUCAAGGAAUGUACAAUGCGAUCACAAGAGAUGUUGCUCUCAACAUCGCAUUCUACGCUUAUAACCCUAUCGCUGGAGGCCUUCUUUCAGGAUAUUAUCGUGAACGUUACUGGAAUAACUUGUUCUUUGAGGCUGUCAAGAAAGUGGAAAAGACAGCCAAGGAUAACAAUCUGACCUUGAUUGAGACUGUUUUACGUUGGAUGUCGCAUCACUCCGAUCUGGGUCCACAGGAUGGUAUUAUUAUUGGUGCAUCUUCAAUGCAGCACCUGAAGGACAAUUUGCGGGAUUUAGAGAAAGGUCCCUUGCCACAACAUGUUGUUGAGGCAUUGGAUGAAGCCUGGGAGCAUGUCAGAGUUGCAUGUCCCUCAUACUUCAAGACUGCAGCAGCUGCUCAAACCGUAUCUAAUAUUUUUAGGAAGUUAUAG